GCAAGCAAUCCACCCGCUGAACCUAGCUGGGAAUUCAGAUAAAUGCUACGCGUCGUUUGAGUUUAAUUCAAGAUGGCGACAGAAGGGGAAUACGAGUCAAUUUUGAUGGUGAAGCCUGAUGUCAACGUUUAUCGCAUUCCGCCGCGGGCUUCCAACCGCGGCCAUCGGGCAGCGGACUGGAAGCUGGACACCCCCGACUGGAGCGGGCGCAUGAGGAUCACGGCCCGGGGGAAAGUGGCCUUCAUCAAGCUAGAGGACAAAGUCUCAGGGGAGCUUUUUGCUCAGGCGCCCAUCACCGAAUAUCCAGGCAUCGCCGUGGAAACAGUCAGUGACUCAAGCCGCUACUUUGUGCUGAGAAUACAAGAUGAUAAUGGCCGCAGCGCUUUUAUUGGAGUUGGCUUUGGGGACCGGGGAGACGCCUUUGACUUCAACGUGUCACUCCAGGACCACUUUAAGUGGGUAAAGACGGAGAAUGAGAUCAGUAAAAAUGCCGGGGCACCAGACACGGGCCCUAAACUCGAUUUGGGCUUCAAGGAGGGCCAGACCAUCACUCUCAAUAUUGGACAAGGGAAGAAGAGAGAUAAACCCCGCCCACAGAGUGCAGGAGGCUUUGGACUCCUCCCACCUCCUCCAGGCGGAAAGAUAGCCCCACCCCCAUCCUCCUCCUCCUCCUCCUCCUCCUCCUCCAAUCACAACACGACACCCCCUGAAGGAGACACACAGACUGAUUGUUUGCUGGACCUGGACAGCAGUAACUCGAACACAGUGGUCCAGUCCAAUCCCAGCUCCUCUGAUGUGUGGGGAGACUUCUCCUCCACUCCUGCAAGCAUGGCCCCCCAGGUGACUCCUGCACCCCAGGAUCCUUCCUCCGGCAGCUGGGUGCAGUUCUGAGCCCGUCCCACAUCCUCCUGGUCGCUCCACCCUCGUCUCGUCUCGUCUCUUCGUCUCUUCAUCUCUCCUGUCUGCAUUCAAGUUUGUGUGACAAGGAGCCCACUGAAGACGUCCCCCCCCCCACCCACCUCCUAACCAUAGAAGUCCAUUUCUCAGUCCUCCAGCUGUGUCCUGAUAACCGACCUUUCAACCCCGUACAGCAGACCCUUGACCCUUCAGCCGUAAGAGUACACAAGCCCAACCAUAGUGACAUUUCUAUCUGUAGCAAUGCCUCUAUGCUCCUCCAUGUUUCCCCUCAAAAUGGAACAUAACCUUUAUAUUUACUGUAUCUUAAGAGUUAUCUCUGACACAGAGAUAUUCUAUUAAAAAUAUAAUAUAUAGUAUACAAUUACUGAUUGUCUGUUAAAGGGCAAGGGCAUUUUAUGUCCAUAUAUAUAUACUGUAUAUGUUGACCAAACAUUACAUGUGUUGUGAAUUUAUGACGGAAGAGCUCAAAGCACAAGUGUAUUUGGUACUUUGUUGCUCCUUUAGUUCUCAUGUUUUCUGUGAACCAUCUCUGGCACUGAAGAAUCAAGGGCGACCCCUAGUGGCUUGGCAUGCUGACUCUUUUGAGGUGUUUCCACUGUGACGUCACACUGGCACUGUAGACAUCGGAGUGGGUUUCUUUUCAAACUAAGUAUCUUAUUCUGUUUGGUGAGGAACGAUGGGGAGAAAUCACAGGAGAGAGAUUUGGGAAGGGAGGGGGGGAUUCCAUAUAGGCUGUUGUGAAUAAAAAAUCUGUGAAUUAUUGUCAAUAUAUAUAUUAUAAAUAAGUUAAGUACAUAAAUAUACUCUCCUGUGAUUUCUUUGACAUGAAAGUGUUGUCUGUGGAUACGACAUGUAUGGUUUAACUGUGUGGAAUGUGAUUGACUGGACUCUGUGCAACAUACCAAGGUUGUUUCUCUGUUUUUUGAGUGUGCGUUCAAGUAUGAAAGAUGAGCAAUCAUUGUGAACAUGCAGACUAUACUACAAACACACCAUACACACAGAGUCAGGGAGAUAGAGAGAGAGAGAGAUCUGCAGUACGUUUCCAAUUUAGGUAGAGAGGCCCUGGAUCUCAAAUGGUGCACUUGUGCACUUCAGUGUUUGUUUUAGUGCGUAUGGCGUAUUAGUUACGCACUAAAAACAUAGUGCCUGAAGUGCACAAGUGUGCCAUUUGAGAUUCUGAGAGAGGGUUUAAAAUGCAAAAUGGAGGGCAGGCACAGCAGGCUGUGUUUUUUUGUGUGUUUGUGUGCAUAGACCAUGCAUAAAGUGGCAGGGUACUGGCCUCUGACACUCGUAUUGUCCAAUUCAUUCACAAUGAAGACCAUCAUAAUGAAAUAAAAAAAAUAUGUGCAACUCUAAAUUAGCCUGGGAUCCUUCUGUGUAGA